UCGAUUACUCUUUUUUCUUCUCUCUCACUAGAGAGACAAGAAGAAUCAAAACAGGCGGUGGUAGCGGAGGAAGGCGAUGUCAAUGUCGGUGGCGACGACGGCCGGCGGUGGCGGUACGAAGAAUAACAAUAAUAAUCCGUUAUCACAAUCAACAACUACAAAAUCAGUAAAAAGAGCCCUAGAAAGAAUGCAAGUACAACACCAGAUUUCAUUACGUCAUCAACCCCUUCCUCCUCCGAUUCUUCCGCGAUUUCAUCCUCAUAUCCUUUUCCCCCCUUCUAAUUAUAAUCAUAUUCAAAAUAAUUAUCCUAAUCUCCCUCCUCCUAUUGCUCCAAAACAAACUGUCAUAUGUGAGCCUGCAAAUACAAUCCCUCCGGUCCAAGGAGGCGUAAAAGCUGAAUUAACGUGUAAUUCUUCAUUUCAAUUACUGCUAUGUGAUGGUGCCAAGAAAAGCAGGAAAAUAAAGACCUAUGCACAUGCUAAAUCUGGAAAUCAAGAACCAAAUGCUGAGUCUGGUGAUUUCAAUCUACCCAGUGCUUGUCGAUAUGAUAGUUCUCUUGGACUUCUCACAAAGAAGUUUGUUAAUUUGAUACAUGAGGAUAUGGAUGGCAUGCUUGAUCUAAACAAGGCUGCAGUUAUGUUAGAGGUCCAGAAGAGGAGAAUCUAUGAUAUUACCAAUGUUCUUGAAGGAGUUGGACUUGUAGAAAAGGCUACAAAGAAUCACAUACGGUGGAAGGGAGAUAAAAGUGAAUCACCACGAAGCCUGAAUACUAAAUUGAAAAAAUUGAAGGCUGAGCUUGAACAUCUGUAUGCUGAAGAAUCCAAGCUUGAUGAUUGCAUAAGGGAAACGCAAGAGCGCUUGAACUCUAUGGAAUUCGAUGAUUAUACGCAAAAGCACCUUUAUUUGACAGGAGAAGACUUUCGGAAUCUUCCAUGUUUGAAGAAUCAGACUCUAAUUGCCGUGAGAGCACCUCAUGCUAGCUGCAUUGAAGUUCCCGACCCUGAUCAGGAUAGUGGUUUCUCAGAGCAACAAUUUGAACUUAUUGUUAGAAGCCAUACAGGCCCAAUUGGUCUGUAUCUUAUAAGUGAAUCAGAGGAGCAAAAAGAAUCAUUGAACCAUACAGCACAAGAACGUGACCACCCAGUUAACUCACAGGACCAACAAAUGGAUCUGGUUUCACAAAGCUCAGUUGACUCCCAUUACGAGAUUCAAAAGAUUAUCCCAUCACAGAAUGAUGUUGCUCAUGAUUACUGGUUCGGGUCAAAUUUAGAGGUCAGUGCUACCGAGUUAUGGGGUAUGAACGUACCAUAAAUAGAAUGACUAACAUGUUAGAACUAGUUAUGUAGCAGCCGGUUCUUACUGGAUUUAGAAAAGAAAAUAUGAUAUGGUAGAUUACAUUACAUUAUUUUUUGGAAUAAGGGUUGUUAAAAACAGAUUUGAGCAGUAAAGAAAGGCUGUGACUGUUUGGCAACUAUCAUAUGUUGUAACCUUGUAUCAAAAAAUGAUGAUGAUGAUAUAUGGUUAGGUUACUUGGCUAAAGAAAAUUG